CGCUCAGCUCUGCCGGGAUCCCGAGAGCGGCCUCGCGCGGGAACCCCGCACCAAGGCGCCGGAGCCGCAGCCUCCCGCCCGCGGGCGCCCGCCGCGCUCACCCUGACCCCGGGACGCGGGAGCCCCGGGCGCCGCUGGAACCCCGCGCAGCACGCCGGAGCUCGAGCGGCCCCCCACGCUCCUUUUCCGGCCCCCUCCAAGGAGGGGUGCGCGGGGCCCCAGAAGCAUCUCCCGCCCGCCCUCCCCCACCCCCUUCCCAGCCCGCCCACCGGACCCGCGCGGCGUGGCGCGGCGCUGCGCUCGGAUUCCAGGAGGGAAGCGCCGCUCGGAGUCCCUGGCGUCCUCAGUCCUGCCCCGCUAAGUGGAGAUGCACGAGAGGCAGGCGAGGGCACGCAGCUCGUGAGACGCCGCGCCAGCCGGCACCAUGCGCCUGCGGCCGCUGCCCCUCGUCGUGGUCCCCGGCUUGCUGCAGCUGCUAUUUUGUGACAGUAAAAAGGUGGUGCACGCCACAGAAGGGCUGGAUUGGGAAGACAAAGAUGCUGCGGGGACACUGGUGGGAAACGUGGUACACUCAAGGAUCAUCAAUCCUCUGCGCCUGUUUGUUAAACAGUCUCCAGUCCCCAAGGCCGGACACUUGGCGUAUGCGGACAGCUUGGAGAACUUUUGGGAUUGGCUGGCCAACAUCACGGAGGUUCAGGAGCCCUUGGCAAGAACUAAACGGAGGCCAAUAGUGAAAACGGGAAAAUUUAAGAAAAUGUUUGGAUGGGGCGACUUCCAUUCCAACAUUAAAACUGUUAAGCUCAACCUCCUCAUCACGGGGAAAAUCGUUGACCAUGGAAAUGGAACCUUCAGUGUUUAUUUCCGACAUAAUUCCACAGGCCUGGGCAAUGUGUCAGUGAGUUUGGUACCCCCCUCCAAAGUGGUGGAAUUUGAAGUUUCCCCGCAGUCUACCUUGGAGACAAAAGAAUCCAAAUCUUUCAAUUGUCGCAUUGAGUAUGAAAAAACAGAUCGGGCAAAGAAGACUGCCCUGUGCAACUUCGACCCGUCCAAGAUCUGCUACCAGGAGCAGACUCAGAGCCACGUUUCCUGGUUGUGUUCCAAGCCCUUCAAGGUCAUUUGCAUCUACAUUGCCUUUUACAGUGUUGAUUAUAAACUUGUGCAAAAGGUCUGUCCUGACUACAAUUACCAUAGUGAGACUCCAUACUUAUCUUCUGGCUGAAUCUUUCUACAGCCAAUAGAAAGGAAGGACAAAUAUAUAUUCAAUUAGAAUGGCCAAGAACCAAGCCCAGCUCUUCAUGGUAAAGGAUCUCUUUUGUUUCUGGCAGUGAACCUUCAUUCCCUAUAAGUUUUUCAAACUUAAAAGAAAAAGAAACAUCUUUAAAUGUGAAUUGUGUUUGUUUCGAUCAUAAGUACCUGAAUCUAAAGAGUAAAACUGUGUAUGAAGCCAUCGCUCUCACAUAGGAUGGCUAAGUCCUCCAGGUAUUGUUGUUUCUCUAAGAGUCGAUGGUAGCAACAUGUAACAGGAAAGAACCAAAUUAUGCAUGUGAUAAACAUUGCUCUUGAAAUGAGCCUGCCUUUGAAGUAUGUUUUGGAAGAUUACCUUAAA